UAUUAUAUUUAUUUAUUUUUUAAUAUCUAAUAAAAAAACGAAAAAAAAAAAAAAUCUAAUACGACUUCUCCUUGAGGAAAUUUCCACGUUUUCUUUUCCUCCAAUUGCUGAUACACUGUUACUUUCACGAAUAGUUGGAAAUGGAAUCGAAUCAGAAUCAAUGGAGCUUACCAAACCCUAGCAUUCUUCCGCCGCUUUUGCCUUUACCCUCACCAUGAAACUUUUCUCAAGCACAAUUGAGUUUUCGACAGUUGAUGGUAAAUUGAAAUUGGAGAAGCUUUCAGCUGAGUUGGGGAUAGUUGAGGGAUAGUGUUUUGUUUCUGCUCAUAAAUGGCUGAAGAUAGCUCACGCCUUGGUGGCUUUUCAGCUGGUCUGGCUGUCAUAUUGAAUGGCGAGGAUAGUAAGAAAAAGUUGCCGAAAACUCGGUUUCUUUCUUGCUGUGAUGAUUUUGGUGAACAGUCCGUGGAGAGAACGCUUGAAUACGUGUUUGGUCUCCCCAACAGAUCUUUAAAUUCGUUGGAUGGUCCAGUUGACAGCCGUUUUAUUCAUUCUGUUAUUAGGAAUGUUUUUUCAAGGUGUAAUGCAGAUAUUGGUGAUUCUUCUAGCGAAAGAGAUAUGAUAUGUAGGCCGGAUGUUGUAGGUUUAGAAGAAUCCAGCAUAUGCGGUGAUAUUAAAAUCAUUAAACCGCCUUUUCUUAUAGAGAGCUUGGAAUUGUUCAGUAGUGCAAGGGUUAAUACAUGUGUUUGGAAAGGGAAAUGGAUGUAUGAAGUUUUGUUGGAAACAUCUGGCAUACAGCAGCUUGGUUGGGCUACUCUUUCUUGUCCUUUCACUGAACAUAAAGGUGUUGGUGAUGCUGAUGAUUCAUAUGCCUAUGACGGGAGGCGAGUUAGCAAGUGGAACAAGGGUGCUGAAACAUAUGGUCAGUCAUGGGUUGUUGGUGAUGUCAUCGGAUGUUGCAUAGAUUUGGAACAAGAUGAAAUAAUUUUCUACAGGAAUGGAAAUUCACUUGGGACAGCAUUCAGAGGAAUUCAAAAGAUGGGUCCUGGUUUUGGUUAUCACCCAGCAAUCUCUCUCUCAGAGGGUGAAAGAUGUGAGUUGAACUUUGGAGCUCGGCCAUUCAAGUACCCAAUUAAAGGCUACCGUCCUCUUCAGGCUCCUCCCUCUAAGUGCUACUUUGUCACACGAUUGCUUCAGUGCUGGUCAAGGCUGUUGGACAUGCAUUCAGUGGAACGAGCUGAACAUUCAUUAGCUCAGAAAUUGAGAAGAGUAAAGAGGUUUGUUUCGUUGGAAGAAAUUUUCCGCCCUGUCUCUCAUGCUAUAUGUGAGGAAUUAUUCUGUAUACUUGAAGAAAAUGCUGGACAUACAGAGUAUAUGGUUUGGGGCCCAUUGCUGUCCUUCAUGUUUGAAGUUUUUGAGUUGCAUGCACCCCAUGAUUAUUCAAGUUUGGAUAAAGUAGUUGAAGUACUGCUACAAUUUCGAGGAUCACAUGUGCUGUUUGAAAACAUCCUAAACGCACUUUCAUGCUGUUGUAAAACGGCUCAAUUAGUUCUUACUGAAUGUCCUUACUCUGGGUCAUAUCCUUACCUUGCCCUGGCCUGUCAUCUACUAAGACGAGAGGAACUUAUGGUGCUUUGGUGGAAAUCACCAGAUUUUGAAUUUUUGUUUGAAGGUUUAAUGUCGCGAAAAACUCCAAACAAGCAGGAUCUUGACUCCAUGAUACCCACUGUUUGGUGGCCCAGUUCAUGUGAAGAUGGUUGUUGUGAAGGUAACAUGAUGUUGGCAACCACAGCUUUGUCUGAAUCAAUCAGCAAGAUUGAGGAGAAGCAUCGGGACCUCUGUCGCUUAGUUAUACAAUUUAUACCUCCUAUGUCACCUCCCCAAUUACCUGGAGCAGUAUUUAGGACAUUUUUACAAAACCUUCUACUGAAGAACAGAGGGGCAGAAAGAAAUGUCCCACCACCUGGAGUUUCUAGCAAUUCAGUUCUUGUUUCAAUUUAUACAGUCGUGCUCCAUUUUUUAUCAGAAGGGUUUGCAUUGGGUGAUAUCUGUGGCUGGUUAAAGAGCUACAAAUCAGAUGUUGGUUUCCUUCACAGAGGUGGUCAACAAAGUUUUCCCAUACACUUGUUUCUAAGAAAUGACCCUCAUAGAACUGAUAUUUCCAGGCUUGGGGGAUCCUAUACCCAUUUAUCAAAGCUACACUCCGUAAUUGAUCAUGAAAGAGAAGUAGUUCAAUGGGAUGAAGGUUGCAUGGAUAAUGAAGAAAUCAGAGUGACACAUUCAACCAAACAGAAGCCGUGCUGUUGUUCAAGUUAUGAUUCUGAAUUUGCAAGGAAUUCAAAGGUUCCAGCAAAAUACCUUGCCAAAGGGUCUCGGGGCCAUUGUAGCUCUAUUCCCGAAAGACCUGCUCAUGUUGCUGCUGAAUGCAGUGAUGGGAGUUUGAAUGAUGAGAUAGCAGAUAAACCCAGUUCCAGUGAUCAGUCUGAACCAGAGUAUGGUUACCGCCAAGUGCACCAUCUGAAGUCUGUACCAAAGGAUAAUGAUAUGUGUAUGGAUAUGCUACAAGAAGAAGAGCUGCUUGAUGCUUUGUUAUGGCUGUAUCAAUUUGGUCUUGCCCCAAAUUUUAAGCAGGCAUCGUAUUACAUGACUCAUCAGGCACAGUCAAUCUCCCUUUUGGAGGAAACUGAUAAGCAAAUAAGAGACCGAGCUUGUGGUGAAAAAUUGAAACAUUUGAAAGAAGCUCGUAAUGAGUAUAGAGAAGAGGUUAUUGACUGCGUUAGGCAUUGUGCUUGGUAUCGUAUCUCUUUGUUAUCUCGAUGGAAGCAGCGAGGAAUGUAUGCAAUGUGCAUGUGGGUUGUCCAGUUGCUACUGGUUCUUAGCAAUAUGGAUUCCGUGUUUAUCUACACCCCUGAAUAUUAUCUGGAAGCUUUGGUUGAUUGCUUUCAUGUGUUGCGGAAAAGUGACCCUCCAUUUGUUCCAUCCACAAUUUUGAUCAAGCAUGGACUUGUUUCAUUUGUCACUUUUGUAGUUACUCAUUUCAAUGAUCCAAGGAUAUCAAGUGCGGAUCUUAGGGAUCUUCUUCUCCAGUCUAUAUCCGCCCUGGUGCAGUACAGGGAGUAUUUUGCAGUUUUUGAGAGCAACGAGGCAGCCAACCAAAGGCUGCCAAAAGCUCUGUUGUCAGCAUUUGAUAACAGAUCUUGGAUCCCGGUGACAAACAUACUUCUACGAUUAUGCAAGGGUUCUGGUUUUAGUUUUUCAAAGAAUGGAGAAUCAUCUUCAUCAUCAAUUCUUUUCCAAAGGUUGCUGAAAGAAGCUUGCAUAAAUGAUGAAGGAUUGUUUUCAUCUUUCCUAAACCGUCUAUUUAAUAUACUUAGCUGGAGCAUGACAGAAUUUUCUGUUUCUGUUCGGGAAAUGCAAGAAAAGUACCAGGUAAUGGAGUUUCAGCAAAAGAAGUGUGGUGUCAUAUUUGAUCUCUCAUGUAAUCUUGCAAGAAUUUUGGAGUUCUGUACUCAUGAGAUUCCUCAAGCAUUCCUGUCUGGACCAGAAACAAACCUAAGGAGGUUAACUGAGUUGGUUGUAUUUAUCUUGAAUAACAUCACUUCUUCAGCAGAUGCUGAAUUCUUUGACUUGUCCCUUAGACGGCAUAACCAUUCUUCAGAGAAAGUGAAUCGAGGCAUGGUAUUGGCGCCUCUCGUAGGGAUCAUGUUAAAUUUAUUGGAUGCUGCUAAGUUGGCAGAGUGUCGAGAGAACAGUGAUCUUGUGGAUGUUUUUCUAAGCAUGGAUUGUCCAGAUACGGUUCUUUAUGGUUUCCAAUAUCUUGUGAAUUAUAACUGGGAUGAAUCAUGUCGGGGAGAAGCAUACAUGGAAAAAUAUAAGCAGCUAGAAAAUUUUCUGACCCUCCUUGCUUGCCGUGCUAUGUCUGAACGUGAUGAAGUGAACAGUGUUAUAGAUUCAGACCUUGAUGAUAACUUAUGCUGCAUAUGUUACGCAUGUGAAGCGGAUACCCAGAUUGCACCUUGUUCACAUAUGUCUUGCUAUGGCUGCGUAACUAGGCAUCUUUUGAACUGUCAAAGGUGUUUCUUUUGCAAUGCUACAGUCACAGAUGUUAGUAGAAUUAAUGAGAAGACAGGCUAAGGAACUCGUAUUUUGUGGUUUGCUUGGUUCCUGUUUAACGAGAGUUGGUCAGAAACAGAUUAUUUGCCUAAUUAAUGAACUUCAUAUUUGAGAAAUGGCAAGAACUGGGGAGAAAGCAAAACAAAGGGGGAAGUAAUGAAAAAUAGAGGGAGGCUGGAAGAGGGAGCAGCUGAGUUGGAGAUAAUCUGUCCGAGGAAUUAAGAAUUUUGCAGGUUCAGUAAGGUUUGUGCUGUAAAUAUGCAAUGUAAAUGGCAAUGAAAAUCUUUAUAGUGAAACUCUUUAGUUAAUCUCUUUCAGCAGGAUAACACAGUACUAUUCACUAGAUUGGCUUGGAUGGCCACAACACCAAACUCUGCAAUAGACUAUGGUUAAGAUUAGAUGCAUGGGGAUUCAUUUUCAGAUGGCUGGUACAGUUAUCAUUUGCCAUGACAAAUGAUAUGUGAGCAUGCAGUACUAAUUUAAGUUAGUGGGGUCACAUGUCUUUGUUCAUCACAUUAUAAUUAAUAUAAGAUGUAAAGAAAUAAAGCUUCUUUUCAAGCCACAAUAGGUGUAUUGUAAAGUGGCGGUCGUGUUGCUUAACAACGAUUUUUUUUGACAAUGAAUUUUCAUUGUAGUGAAUAGUGAUAAUCACAUCAUUAGUUUAUUUUCA